AUGGCUUCCAAGGUUGUGAUGUGGAUUGCUCUAUGCUUCUUUUUGGCUUCCAUACUGUGUGUUAAUGGCGAGACAUUGACCACGUCCACUCCGUAUGAUUCUGCUGGUCGUAAUUACGACCUUGAUGGCCUAUUUUGCGCUACAAUUGACUCUAAUCAAACAUUAGAGUUUCGCAGUGAAUACCUUUGGACUGCGUAUUGUGACCAAGCCGGCCAGCCCAUGGAACUUUCCCUCUGCGGCACCUGCAUCCAAGUGACAAAUGAUUCGACGGAUCAAAAUGUGAUCGUACGAAUUGUGGACGAGUGCAAAAAUGGAGGACUGGUUUUAGAAACUGAUGCUUUUAAUGCCAUUGAUAAGGAUGGGAAAGGAAAGCAUUACGGUCAUAUGUUUACUACCUACAAGUUGUUGAAGAACGAUCGGGUCAAGUGCAGCCGAUCUCAGCCUUGCAGUAAAGUCCAUUUCCUGCAUGACUUCGAGGGAGCUCUGGUGAAGACUCUGUGA